AUGGCAGAUUUUUAUGUUAUGUUAAUUCAUUAUAUCAAAUACAUGGCUUCUAUUGCACACCCGUUAAGUAUUUCAGCAAUAAAAGCUUUUGCAUGGAACAUCGUAAAACGAAGCAAGUGUACCAGCUCGUUCAACCGUGUCAGUGGUCCCGGUCAUACUUGGUGGGACAGUUUCAAGAAACGUCAUUCGCGAGAAAUUACCCUGCGAAAACCCGACGGCCUCGACAGAGGACGUUCUAGAAUGGCCAAUGUGACUGUUAUAAAACAGCACUUUGAUCUUUUAAGAAAAACAUUGGUCGAUCUUGAUAUCCUCGAUAAGCCAGAUCGAAUCUUCAAUUGCAACGAGUCAGGUAUCUCCAUGGAUGCUCGCGUUGGAAAGGUUGUCGUCUCAAGAUCAACUAAGCACCCCUACUCUGAGAGCAAAGGAAAUAGGGAUCACAUCACUGCCCAUGUCGCUGUAUCAGCUGCUGGAGUGCCGUUGCCUCCAAUGAUAAUUUUUGAAAAGGCUUUCCCAUCCGGUCCUUAUGCUAGAGAUGGUCCUACCAAUGAUCUAUACGCCCAUUCGCCAAACGGCUACAUGGACAUCGAGCUUUUUAAACAGUGGUGUGAAAAGCUGUUUAUUCCUCAGACAAGAUACAUACAAAAACCAAUAUUGUUGAUCUUGAAUGGCCACGGUUCUCAUCUCGAUAUAGAGAUGAUAGAUAUGCUAGUGGAGAACCAAAUCCACUUGUACUGUUUGCCCCCUCACACAACCAAUAUACUCCAGCCAUUGGAUGUGUCGAUUUUCAAGCCUCUAAAGGUGCAUUUCUCAAAAAUUACAGAUAAUUUGAAGCUUGCAACCAUGGGCCACACUGUUCCACUAACUGUGUGUAAAACAAAUUUCACUGCGAUAUUUAAGGCAGCGUUUGAAGGAUCGAUGGGGAUCCCCAUUAUUAAAAAUGGAUUUCGGAAAACAGGGAUCUGUCCAUUCAACCCUGACGCCAUCGACAAGGAGCGAUUAAUGCCAGACAACAGCAUUGAUUUUAUUUCGUCCGCUCCGAAUGGAAACAAUACUGCAACAUCCACAACACCAGCAGUACCAGGUUCUUCAACAGGAGCAUCUUUUAAUUCGUUGCCCGGUGGCUCUUUUUCUACACCAGUAAUACCUUCAACAGAUGCUUCUACUCCACCGCCCUUGUCGAUUGCAAAAAACACCAACCAAUCUUCUCACUGCAGCAAGCCCUUUCACCUCCACUCCAACAACACCUCGCCAAAGCCUAACAAACAAAAAAACACCAGGAUUAUUACUAAGGCGAGAGUUCUCACAAGCGACGAGCAUCGACAAGCGUUUCGAGAGAAGGUGGAGAAGAAAGAGUUGGAAGAGAAGGCAAAAGAAGAAAGGAAAAAGGAGAGAAAACGAAAAAAACUAAGUAAAGAAGCUCUGCAGUCCGAAAAAAAAAGGCAAAAAAGGGUUAUGUUGAAAACCCGAUCUGUGCAACAGAAAAGAACAAUGAUAUCGUUCGAAAGUGAUGACAGCCAGUUGGAUUAUGGCCAAGAAAAUGAGAUAGUUGAAGAGACGGAGAGUGAGUACGAAAGUAGCAGCGAGGAAAAAUUUGAGCAACCAUGGGUUCAUUAUUUCGAUGGAUUUUGUUGCGGCUGCCUUCUUCAGUCUUUGUUUUGUGGUGUGUGUGUACUUAUGAGAGAAGGGGAAUUUUACACGAGUGGUUUUAAAAAAGAGAAAAAAACAACAACAAGAAGUUGUAAAAUAGACAGAAAUGAAACAAUGAGAAGUUUUGCUUGCCCAGCAUCCUCACCCUUUUUUGACAAAUAUUCCUUCAUAUUGACAUCACAAUGUUGUUAA